AUCAAAUAACGCAUUGUUGAUUGUAACUCCGUACCGUUCUCCCAGCUCCCAAGAUAAAUUUGAGGUCAGCAUUAUGGCUUCAAAACACUUUCAUAAUGAUCCCAAUCACUUGGUCGUUGCUGCGCUAAGAUCCCUCACAAAGAUCAACCCUUCAGUAGCAGUUGAUGAGAAGCACAAAAUAGUCUACCUCAAAAAGCCAAAGAGCAACCAGGUUUCAGUCAUAUCGGGCGGGGGCAGCGGGCACGAACCAGCGUUCGCAGCAUACGUCGGCCAUGGGAUGUUAAGCGGUGCCGUGGCGGGAUCAAUUUUUGCAAGCCCUUCUACAGUGCAGAUUUACCAAUGUCUAAUGCGGCGCGUGGACAAUACGCAGGGGGUCAUGGUUAUCGUCAUGAAUUAUACCGGUGACGCAUUGCAUUUCGGCAUGGCGGUUGAGAAAUGUCGAGCGCAAGGUAUUAAGAUUGACAUGUUGGUUGUGGGCGACGACGUAGGUGUUGGGAGAGCGAAAAGCGGUAGACUGGGGAGACGAGGUAUUGCUGGCACAGUGCUAGUUCACAAGAUUGCUUGUGCUUUAGCCGCAACCGGAGCCUCUCUAGACGCAGUUUCCAAUGUUGCCAAUCUUGUCUCCUCGAACCUUGUUACCGUCGGGGCUUCUCUUGCGCAUGUUCACCUUCCCGGUCGCGCACUAGCUCGAGAUGACUUCAACGCAGACGACGAUAUUGAGCUUGGGAUGGGCAUUCAUAACGAAGAAGGAUGCAGGCGCUUGAAAACUGGUCUCCCUGGCCUUGUCAAAGAGAUGCUUGCCCAACUUUUAGAUACAACCGAUAAAGACCGCGCAUACGUUGACAUUAAGCCAGGGGAACCAACCGUGCUACUCAUCAACAAUCUGGGAGGCGUGAGUGGACUAGAAUUCGGUUGUAUAACUGAUGAAGUUUGCUCUCAACUAAAAAAUAGUUAUUCCCUCCAGCCAGUCCGAAUUUUAACUGGGACUUUCAUGUCAAGCCUUAACGGCUUGGGAUUUAGCGUUUCGCUUCUUAGAUUGGUAGACACGGGUCUAGAGUCUCAAAUUUCGAUGCUGAAAUUAUUAGACGCGCCGGCACAGGCCACUGGCUGGUCAGCUGCUGUUCAACCAAGUACAUGGGUUGAUAAGGUAGAGGAUAGACAGCAGCCAAAUGAAGAGGCUAUAGGAGAGUUUCAGUCUAGCAAUCUGACCUUUAAUACUAGUCGAGCAAUUAAAGCGUUAGAGUCAGGCCUCGUCGGCUUAAUCUCUGCUGAACCAGAAAUCACAAAGUAUGACACUAUGGUCGGUGAUGGCGACUGUGGACUCUGUCUGAAAGCCGGCGCAGAAGCUGUUCUCGCUCAUAUCAAGAAAGAUAGAAUGUCCAGCGACGUUGCCCAAUUUGUCAGCCAGAUUGCGUACAUCGUGGAAUCAAGUAUGGAUGGGACAUCAGGGGCAAUAUACGCCAUCUUUUUAAACUCCUUGGCAUACAGUCUUUCCCUUCAAGAAACGCCUACACUAAGCCGAGUAACAGCUGAGGUGUGGUCAAAUGCUCUAAAGGGUGCUCUUAAAUCUCUAGGUAAAUAUACACCCGCCCAGCCUGGAGAUCGUACCCUAGUGGAUGCUUUGCAACCGUUUGUGGAGAAGAUGGUUGAAACGCAGGAUGUGGUAAUGGCUGUGGCAGCAGCAAGGAAGGGAUGCGAGAGCACGAGAGGGAUGGAAGCCAGCUUAGGUCGCUCAGUGUACGUUGGUGGUGAUGACUGGAAGAAUUGUCCAGAUCCUGGUGCUGCAGGUCUCGUGGAAUUCUUGUCUGGGUUAAUCAGUGGACUUUAGAAACAUAAGACAUCUCCAACCCAGAAGAAUACUAGUAGCGAGGGUAUGCGUCAAUUAUUA